CGUACCGCCGUCGCGCCGCGCGCCGCCGUCGCGCUUCAGGGCCGCAGCGACGCGCAGCUCAAGCGGGGCAUCGCCGAGUUCUACGACGAGUCCAGCGGCAUCUGGGAGGACGUCUGGGGCGAGCACAUGCACCACGGCUGGUACGAGCCCGGCGAAAAGGCGGGGACCAUGGAGCGCGACGUCGCGGCGCAGUCCACGAUGAUCGACAAGGCGCUCGAGCUCUGCGGCGCGGCGGACGUCGCCGCGCGCUGCGAGGCCGCGGGCCGGCCGAUGCGCAUCCUCGACGUCGGCUGCGGCAUCGGCGGGUCGUCGCGCCACAUGGCGCGGCGCUUCGCGGGCGCGCAAGCGACCUGCGUCGGGCUCACGCUGUCGCCGGAGCAGGCGCGGCGCGGCAACGAGCUCAGCCGCGAGGCCGGUUUGGACGUGACGCUCGAGGCCCGGGACGCGACGAACACGACCUUCGCCGACGGGUCCUUCGACCUCGUCUGGUCCAUGGAGAGCGGCGAGCACAUGCCCGACAAGGCAAAGUUCGUCGCGGAGCUCGGCCGGCUCUGCGCGCCCGGCGGCCGAGUCUCGGUCGUCACGUGGUGCCACCGCGACCUCCAACGCGGCCGGAAGCUCAGACUCCCCGAGCGGGCCGUGUUGGGCCUCAUCAACUACUGCUACUACCUCCCGAAGUGGUGCAGCGGCGCGGACUACGCCCGGCUCUUCGCCGCGCAACGCGGCGUCACCGCGCGCUCCGUCCGCGAUUGGACGGCGAACAUCGCGCCCUUCUGGCCCGCGGUCGCCCGGUCGUCGCUGAAGUGGAGCUCCCUCAAGAAGCUCCGCAAGACGGGGCUCAAGACCAUCCGCGGCGCCGUCGCCAUCCUCUUCAUGAUCCUCGGCUACAAGCUCGGCACGGUGAAGUUCGUCGCCGUCGCCGCGGCGAAGGACGAA